AUGAAGGGAAACUCACUCCUCACAUCGGCGCUGGUCGCUGGCACUGCCUGUGCUGGCGUGCACAAGAUGAAGCUCCAGAAGGUCCCUCUUUCCGAGCAGCUCGAGGGCUACAACAUCGAGGAGCAGGUCCAGCAUCUUGGACAGAAGUACAUGGGCAUCCGUCCACAGGGGCGCAUCAACGAGAUGUUCAAGGAGCAGUCCUACAAGGGCGAAAAGGGCCACCCAGUCGCUGUCAGCAACUUCCUCAACGCCCAAUACUUCAGCGAGAUCGCCCUUGGCACUCCCCCCCAAGAGUUCAAGGUUGUGCUCGACACUGRUAGCUCCAACCUGUGGGUUCCCAGUAAGGACUGCGGCUCCAUCGCUUGCUACCUGCACACCAAGUACGACCACGGCGCGUCCAACACCUACAAGCAGAAUGGCUCGGAAUUUGCCAUUCGGUAUGGCUCUGGAAGCCUCGAGGGAUACGUCAGCCAGGACACCUUCCAGAUUGGUGAUUUGAAGAUCAAGGACCAGCUCUUCGCAGAGGCAACUUCGGAGCCCGGUCUUGCGUUUGCAUUCGGUCGCUUCGACGGCAUCAUGGGAUUGGGAUACGACACCAUCUCGGUCAACGGCAUUCCACCACCAUUCUACAACAUGGUCGAGCAAGGACUCCUCGACGAGCCCGUCUUUGCCUUUUACCUCAGCGACACCGCCAAGGGUGAUGACUCCGAAGCCAUCUUCGGUGGCGUCAACAAGGAUCACUAUGAGGGCAAGAUGACCAAGCUUCCGCUCCGCCGCAAGGCCUACUGGGAGGUUGACCUCGAUGCCAUCACCUUCGGCGACCAGACCGCCGAGAUUGACGCCACUGGCGCAAUUCUCGACACUGGCACUUCGCUCAUCGCUCUCCCAUCGACCAUGGCCGAGCUCUUGAACAAGGAGAUCGGUGCGAAGAAGAGCUACAACGGACAGUACACCGUCGAGUGCGACAAGCGUGACUCACUUCCAGACCUCACCUUCACCUUGACCGGCCACAACUUUACCAUUGGCCCUUACGACUACAUCCUUGAGGUACAGGGCAGCUGCAUCAGCUCCUUCAUGGCGUUUGACAUUCCAGAGCCAGCUGGUCCUCUUGCCAUUCUUGGUGACGCCUUCUUGCGAAGAUGGUACUCGGUCUACGACCUUGGCGACAACUCCGUUGGUCUUGCCAAGGCCAAGUAG